AUGGAGGCGGCGAAGAGGCCGCGGUUGAGGCUGAGCCGCCGGAAGCCGCCCUCGGAGGAUGGGGCCCCACCCCUGCUGACGUCGCCCGCCCUCUCCCGCUCCGCCCCCAGGGCCCCCGCCCCGCCCCCUGGCCGUCCCGGGCCCCCGGCGGGCAGCGAGGACGCGCCGUGGACGGAGCUGCUGCGGACGGCGGGUGCCGAGCUGCGCGUGGACGGCGAGGUGCCGCCUCUGCCCGCCUUCCCCGGCCAGGAGCCGGGCCCGGAGCCCGCGGCGCCCCUCGAGGCCUUCACCGUCGGAUCCCAGACCUUCUCCUGGCCGCCCUUUCCGCAGGCCGCGGGACGCCCGGGCGCAGGGGAGCGCCUGGGGACCCCCACCCGGUCCCCGCGGCCCGAGACCCCGAGCAGGCUGCCGGAGGCGCCGGCCCUGCCGAGCUGCCCCAUGUGCCAGGAGGAGUUCGGCCCCGAGCUGGUGCAGCUGGACAUCGACAGCCACCUGGCGCAGUGCCUGGCGGAGAGUGCAGAGGACGUGUUUUGGUGACUGCGGGCGCCCAGCCCCUUCUGCCUGUGUGUCUGGGUGGGGCAGUGUCCGGGCCCGCGCAUGUCCCACCACGGCGCAGGAGGGGCUCCCCGGGGGACCCCACAAGGAUCCCCCAGUGCCAGUAGUCGUGUGGGGCAC